AUGGACAUCUCCGGAAACGCCUUGGUAGUCGGCGGAGGUACGCAGGAAUUCGAGCGGCUACCUAGACAGCUGCUUACAUCGACCGUCGUUGACGGGUCAUUACCGACGAUAAUGCAUAGCCCUGAGUGCGGCGGCCGACGUCGCCGCCGAGUGCAAUGCCGUGGCGACCGUUUCCGUGCCGAGGCGAUUCAGGUCGACAUCACCAAGUUGGAUUCCGUUCGCGACCUUGUCAGCCGCAUGAUGCAGAUCUUCGGCCGCAUGGAUUAUUGCGUCAACAGCGCCGGAAUAGGAGUCCAGCACGCCACCGACAUCGCGAGUAUGUCAUUGGAUGUAUUCCAGCGCUUUCUUGACAUCAACACGGUAGGCAUGUUCCUCGUGACGCGGGAGGUAUCCGUAGCCAUGCGGACUCAGGAGGCCAGAGCCGUUUCGGCCACCUCUCCCGGCCGGGGAACAACGCGUGGCUCCGUUAUCAACCUCGGUUCAGGGUCUUCCCUAAUCACCACCCCGGAUGUCCUUCCAUACACCACGCCCAAGCAUGCGGCUCUUGGAUUGAGCAAGAACAGCGCUCUUGACAAUGCAUCCUACGGGAUCAGAGUCAACGGCGUCUGCCCCUCUUGGACAGACACACCCAUGGUGCAGAAGGCAACCAGCGGUGUAGAAGGCCUGGAGGAUUUCAUGAAGGCCGCAGUACCCAUUGCUCGAAUAGCGAUGCCAGAAGAGGUGGCCGAUGCGGUCGUCUUCUUGUGUAGCCCGCGAUCGAGUUACGUGACGGGAUGCAGCUUCAUUGUCGAUGGAGGCACCACGCUGACAGCGCUGCGUUAG